AUAUAUUUGUUGUUGAGCCCCAGGCCCAGCAGCGCGUACGGAGCUUGGACGUCGCUUCGCCGAUUAUUAUAAAUAUGGACAUAUCAGAUAUUACCAUUGCCGUCACGUCUUGGAGUCUCCUCGGACAGAGUCCAGCGAAGAUCAAACACUUUUUUUGAGCAGAGAGAAACAGAGAGUCACCAUCAUCAGGUGAUUCCUUACUCCACAACAUUCCAAGAGCCACGUAAAGCCAACCCGUGACGUGGCGUGACGAUUUCGGAAGGACGUUGGCGCCGUCAAUUGAUGUUUUUGAGAAAAGAACGAGAUUUUCUGAUCGUCGGCGAUCGUCAUCGACGAGACCUCCGUCUGUAUCAUCCCCCAGAUACGGCUGUACAUCACUUCUCACAUUGUAGAUGCAAUCAUAUUCUCUCUCUCUCCCUCCCUCUCUCUAUGGAUUCAUUUGUUUGGAGCUCUUGAAGCCUUUAAAUUCAGAUGCGUCCCAAGUCAUUAACUCCCAAACUCCUCGCUCGAGCUCGCCCUGUUCUCUCUCGCUCGAGCUCCUCACAAUCUCACUCAUGGCGACAAUGGUGUAUGUGGUUCUACUUUUGGCCCUAUCUUCGGUGAUGGAUGAAGCUUCCAUUGCUGGAUUUUUUGCAGAAUGUGGUAAUGGGUGUCCAUGCAUGCUGGCGGAGUCAGCACCAGCCAAGAAUGAAAUUCGAAAGCUUUUUCUGCAUGGGGCGGAUGAGGUCUUCAAAGGGUUUGGAUCAUCAUCGUCGUUGGAUUCUCAAUAUGGAAAGGAUAUGUUGGGACGGGGUUUGAGGGAGGUUCCAUCAGGACCUGACCCUCUCCACCAUAAUGGCGGUAGCCCUAAGAAGCCCCAUACCCCCUGAAUAUCCAGCCUCCCUCCCAAGGCACUAACAUCUACUACAUCUCUCUCUCUCUCUCUGUGUGUUGUGGCUUAAAUAGCAAAGCAGAUAUAUAGCUGUACUCAAGGAAAAAAAAAGUUUUGUGAAGGUGGAGCCCAC